AUGCCUUACGCUAUGCAAAAUAUUACGUCGAAUUACAAAUACCUCGGUACCUUGAUCUUGGCUGUGCUGGGGUGGUUUUUUGCCUUCAUCGGUAUAUGCAUCCUUCAAAGCCAGUAUGACGAUAUCAAGGAUGGCCUCCGCGGUCGCGGAAAGAACCCUCUCUCUGCCGCGUGGUUCCAUCUCUUCUUCUACCUUUUCACUCUCCUCGGUGUAGCCGCGCUUCUUGUCACCGCUACUAUGGAACACUACCGCACCGCGCUCGUAGCCAUUUUGGCGAUUGGAUUUGUCUUUAUCACCAGUGAUUUGGACUCCAUCUUGGGAGAUAUUUCAAUUCCUGGAGUCCCUAGUCGUACCAAAUCCGGUGGAGGUCUCUUUGCUGCUGGGCCUAUUCUUCCUCUCAUUUGCCUAUCUUUCCUUGGAUAUUCUUCUUUGGCUCCCAGCGAGAAAGCCUUCGUGAACAACAUGAACGGUGACAAUAGCUUUGUCUUUCACCAUGCCUCGCCUCAACACCCCGUUUCGGUGCCCGCAACGGUCCCGCUCCCGGCAUCGCUCCUGCCGUUCCUCCCCAGGAUUACACCGGUCCCCGCGACUCGGCGAUCCCACCUGUAG